CUAGCGUCACAAAUAUUUGUGUCAAAGUCAGAUUUUCACUCACUGCGGUUUUGGGAUUCGGCAGAAGGUUCACAUUUAUUUAGAACCCAAGAAAACUAACGUAAUUUUAGAGCAAACAUUGCAGCUUCCAGGGAAUUAACACUUUCAUUUUCUUUACCACGGGGAGAUCAUCAUGCAAGCGGAUGUGCUUUUUGGUUUGGUUUUGGGGGAAACAGUAAGACUCGGUCAUUAGUCGUGGGAACAAGUCAAUUACUGUAAAGAAACUGAAAGGAAACUGACAAAUUAGAAGGUCAAUGUAUAGAUUUUCAAAAAAAUUUACGAUUCUUACCUGAUAAACCUUACUACUAUUAAGGUUUACUAUUCCUUUUCUAGAUGCUGAGUUCCAGGGAAAUCAGCCAGGCCAAAACUAGAUUGUCAGCAACUAAAUUACGAUCGCCUUAAAAUUAGGAGAAAAUUCUCAGUUAAUAUUAGUUCUUUGGAGUCUUGCAGAAAGGAAUAUCCAGAAAACGCAACCACCCAACGAACAUGAAGAGUCAGUCCAGUGCUCUGAGGAAUCUUCGCCAGAAAUGUGGUGGCACUUCCACCAGUGACGAUGACCUGCCGCCAGAGGUCAAAAUAAUCCAACAGCCGCCCAUCGAAGUACAAUUUAUCCGGAGUCGUCUGAGGCCACCGAAAGGCCAAAAGUGCAUGUACUACAGUACGGAUUGGGACAAGUCCGCGCUGGUCAGUAAUUUCCAGAAACGGGGUUGGCUACAGGUGCCUUCCUUCAAUGGCGAAUGGAACUUCUACUGGGCGUGCACCCAGAACUGCCGCUAUAUCUUUGGCAUCGAUCAUCCGUAUCGCAUGCGAUCCGAUCAGGUUAUCAACCACUUCCCGAAUUCCGUUGAGUUGUCCCGCAAAGAUCUACUGAUCAAGAAUAUCAAGCGGUAUCGCAAGGAUCUGGAACGCCGUGGCGAUCCACUGGCUCAAAGCCAUCCGCCGGAAACGAAACUAGGUAUUGGAGGCACCCGAUAUAAACAUCUGGACAUCAUACCCAUGACCUUUGUCCUGCCCUCCGAUUAUCAGAUGUUUGUAGAGGUGUUUCAUCGCAAUCCGGCCAGCACGUGGAUCGUCAAGCCAUGUAGUAAAUCCCAGGGCGUUGGCAUUUAUCUGGUUAACAAGCUGUCCAAGCUGAAGAAGUUCGCAUACGAUGCUCGUACUUUUUAUCCGCAAUUUAACCGGGACACCUGUGUCAUCUCCAAGUACAUCGACAAUCCAUUGCUUAUCGGUGGCAAGAAGUUCGACCUGCGACUCUUCGUACUGGUGACCGCAUUCAAUCCGCUGAAGGCGUAUCUCUAUAAGGAGGGUUUCUGCCGCUUCUGCACCGAAAAGUACGACCAGGCCGAGAUCGACAACGUCUUCAUGCACUUGACGAAUGUCAGCAUCCAGAAAACUAACGAAGAGUACAAUUCGAUCCACGGUGGAAAGUGGCCACUACAGAAUCUCUGGCUCUAUUUGGACAGCAUGCGAGGCGAGGGAGUUUCCGAGAUGCUGUGGAAACGCAUCACCGAAACCAUCCGGCACUCUUUGGACGCAGUGGCUCCGGUGAUGGCCAACGAUCGGCACUGCUUCGAGGUCUAUGGCUAUGACAUCAUCAUUGAUAAUAACCUUAAGCCCUGGCUAAUCGAGAUAAAUACAUCGCCAUCGAUGCACUCGACCACCACAAAUGAUAGGAUGCUGAAGACACGGCUGAUAGACAACGUCCUGGAUGUGGUGGUGCCGCCAAAUAGUUUGCCAGAUGAGCACUGGGAUAAGACGCCCAAUCCUGAGCUUUUGAAGAACUUCACCGUUCUGAAGCCCAUUCCGCCAACGAAGCUGCCCACUGUUGCACCCGUCCACCGUAAGGGCAGAUCGUCCAAGAAAAAAAAAAAGUCCAAGUCCACUGCAAUAGCGGCAACCGAUGGCCUAUCCACUCCACCGCCCGCCGAGGGUGAGUCCAAGACGAAGACGAAGAGCACCAAGGUGAAGCGUUGAUGGAUCCUUAGCAUUUAGUCGUUGGGUGGUUGUGGUCAAACGGAAAUCGGAACCAGGACUAAUUGUUUAUGAAAAUUUGUAACUUUUAAUUCGCAACUUCGGUAUUCGGUAUCGCAAAAAUUACUUAAGACACAAAAAUUAAAGUAUCGUAUAUAUUCGCUAUA